UCAUUGGUUUCGUAGUUCAACCUUGCGAUAUUAUAUGUUGUAACAUUUUAACUGGUGAUUUUAAAUAAUGUAUUGACAGUUUUUCAACUAGCGUUUGGCCCAGUUAGUAUUCAACAAUACAUACGUUUUUGUUAAGACGCUUCAGUACAUAAACAGAAUCAAUGUGGUGUGCGUCGUUCGAUCAAAGUCAUAAGAAAGAUGAGUAGAGUGCUGGAUUUCGAAGAGCAGAAUCAUGACGCACCCAGCGAUACCCCUUUGCGUGGAUAUCAGCCGAGAUUUCGCAGAACUGAACUGAAUAAUGCAAAACCGGAUUCUCAACGGAAGUGGUAUCUGGCGCCUAUCUUUCAUGCAGCUCUUACGGAGAAUUCCGAGGAACGUAAGACGCAAAACUUUUCGAAUUCGUUAAACGAUGGGAAAAUCAGAGCGUGUAACUUCAAGCCGAGACAAAUCUAUUCGGGGGACAGAUUCAUACCAUGUCGUCGUGGCUACAAUUUCGAAGCGGCUCACUACUUGUUAAGCAGAAACUUCAACAAGAUGGAGCAAAGCACAUUAGAGGUUCACAAACAGCUCGAUUGGCUGCCGGUUAGGCAUGAACGCAAAGCCUUCCACGCAAUAAUGCUAAAACAGGGUGUCACACCGGGUCUGAAUCAAAACAGGAUUCUGCACUAUAGUAAUUCGACGAUACAGCAAUCGCAAAAGCCGCAGUAUGCAGGAUGGAUACAAGGUGCGGGAUACAAAGAGGAGGGAAUCUGGAAGUGCAAGCCACGGAAGAAAACCAUGAUCAAAGACGCGAAACUGUUGAGCAUACCCGAUUCCGUCGCUCCGGAGGGUAACAAUGUCGCCAAUCUGGUUGAUUGGAGCUGCAACAACAUAAUCAGCAUAGGCAAUCGAAGUUCUGUGGCGGUAUAUGAUGAUAGUGGUUCUGUGUUGACGAGUUGGCGGGAAGAGAUUCGUCCCAGAGAAGUGAAAUGGAGCAACGACGGUAGUAAAUUGGCGGUCUGCACAAAUUCGAAGAUCAUAAUGUACAAUUUAGAGACGAAAAAGUCUAUGUGGGUGAUUUCUUGUAAAUGUAUAUUAACAAAGCACUUUAAUACAACUAACGAAUGCAGGAUUCGUUGCAUCUGCUGGUCUCUUGGCGAUUCCCACAUUGUUACUGGAUGUGGGGGCUCAAUAUCAAUACAUACAUCUGAUUCGGGCAAGUUGGUGACCACCACAGUCAAACACACGGAUCGUAUCUCGAACCUGAAAUUUUCGCCAAAUUUCAAGUAUCUUGUAUCAGCCGCACAGGACAAAACCGUCGAAGUGUUUAUCUGGCCGGAAUUAACCCCUUUUUUUCAAAUCGAAUUUAACACUACAAACGCACAGGCGAUCGCCUGGCAUCCGCAGGUGUCUGGUACACUUUGCAUAGGUGACUGCCAGAACGAAUUGUCGUUAUGGGACAUCAACAAGACGGCAAUGGUAGCCAAUGUGCACGUUAAAGACGAGGGAUUUCGCUUGCACAAUUUCGCAUGGAACAAGUUAAGCGGCGAGUUGGUGGUGCAUUGGAAAUGGCAAAAUCAAGACACGUCCUCGACAAUCGCCGCGGUACUCGCCAGCUUCGAUCGAAUCGUCGAUGAGCUGCCACUAUUCGAGGAGCAGCUAUACUUCUUGAAAUUCAACGCUACGCACGAACAGCUGAUAGGAUACGGUAAAGACGGCGAUGAUCAUGUUUUCUGGAUAUGGCAUUUCUUUGGUGACGAGAAAUUCGAGUACGGGCGAAACGUACCUCUCUAUAAUUCGGCACGACGGAGGCAAGGAAUUCUUUAUCAUUCGAUUCGAUAAUUAUAUGUUUGUCUUAUAACAUGUACUAAUAAGUUUAAAAAUUUGUUUUUGAGAUAGAGUAGCAUUAAACCAGAUAUUUAAUA